GGGGUCCCGCCCCGCGCAGGCAGGGGAAGGCGCCGGGUCCGCAGGCGGCGGUGGCUGGGCGCACGGCGGGGCGCGGGGUGGGGGUUCCCGGUUCCCAGCACCCCGCCUCCUGCGGCCGGAGCGAGCCACCGGAAACCCGACUGGCUGCGAGGGGGAGCAGGAGGGAGCCCGGGGCGCCGGGGCCAGGCAGGCUGCACGUCCCGCUCCCCGGGCAGGCGGAUCCGGACCCCCACCGGCCCGGCAUGUUUGGGCGCCCGGAUCCGGUGCCUGCACCACUAGCCGCGGGGCUCCUGCUGCCGGGGACGAGCCCGUGACUCGCGGCGAGCAGGGGACGCUAGCGGGCUCCGGCCAUGGAAGAGGAGGGUGUGAAAGAAGAGGUCACGGAGGAACCGAAACGUGCUCCGACCGCAGACAAAGCAGGCUGGAUUAAGAAAAGCAGUGGAGGGUUUUUGGGAUUAUGGAAAGAUCGUUACAUCCUGUUAUGUAAAACGCAGCUACUGGUGUAUGAAGAUGAGGAGGAACAGAAAUGCUUAGAAACGGUGGAACUGGAGAGCUAUGAGAAGUGCCAGGAUUUACGCGCUCUCUUGAAAAGGAAAAACCGUUUCAUUUUAAUUCGAUCCCCGGGUAAGAAGGUCCUUGAUAUCAAAUUUCAGGGUCAGAACGCGGAAGAGAAAGAAUCAUGGAUGAAAGCCCUGAAUGAAGGGAUCAGCAGAGCCAAAAAUAAAAUACUUGAUGAGGUGAAGGUAGAUCAAAGCCUUUCCCUGGAACAUGUGACUCGAGACAGAGUGAAAGUGGGUCAUGGGCGCAGACCACCCACCAGAAUUCAUCUGAAAGAGGUCGCCAAGUCUACAUCGGAUGGAAUCUUGAGGCUGGAUCUAGAUAUAGUGGAUAAUGGCCCUCCAGACAUCACCUUGACUGUGAGCGAUAAUGAGAAUGUCCCUCCUCCAAAGGAAACUCCAAAGCCACCUAUGCCUCCUACAAAACCCAGUGUCGUGUCAGAGAAGCAGAGUGUGGUUAACAGCGUUGCUGAUCAAGAGCUUAAAAAGCCUCUGUUGCCUCCAGCUAAGAAGUUGAAGGAGAGUACGCCAUCAAAGGAUGAUCUGAACGACAAGGAUGAGGGUUUGGUCAGUCAAGGUGAGGAGGGUGAAGAACCCAAAGCUUCAGCAGGGGACAAGGAAGAGAACCUCAUGGAGGUCAGCAACAGCAGCACAGAAAAGCCUCCAAUUCCUCCUCCUAAAAUCCUAUCGGACAAGCUGAAAGGGGUCAGUUGGGAUGAACCAGCCCCUCACCCUCAAAGCAUAGAAGAUUUGGAACCAUCCAAGGGUGGCAGUAAAGAAAACCUCACGGAGGUGGUCACAACAGCUACUGUGAAACCUCCAUUUCCUCCUAAGAUUUUAUCAGAAAAAUUGACAGCAAGUGUGGAUUCCACCCCGAGCAGUUCAGAGGUGAAGAGUUCAGAAGGCAAGGAGCGCCAUGAUUCCAAGCCCCCCAGGGAUGAAAUGAAAGAAGGGGAAGUGACAGAAUCCACUCCCCAAAAAGUAGAGCUUGAAGAAGGAAGUGAGAGAGCUGCUGCUGAGAAAGAGGAGCCACAAACAAUACAGGAACAAAUAAAGACUUCCUUAGUUACCGAAGCAAAGCAGGAAAGUACAGAGUUUCCUAGUAAAGAGAAAACACUUUUACCACAGUCCGUAGCAAAUUCCUCGCCUCUCAGAACUCGCUGUGCAUCUCUAGAUCUGCUGAAUGAAUCGAAAAAUGCAAAAAAAGAACUUCUGGGUCCUGGCUUCCACAAGGAGCCCCAAUCCUGCUUGGCUAAAAUGGAGGAGAAAGUGGCUUGCGAAAGGGAAAAGACAGAAAAACUUCUGCAAAAGGUUUUACGCAGAGAGUUAGAACAAGCACAGGAGGGGAAUGGGCCCCCAGUAAAUGCAGAGACAUUGCUCAACGAGGCUGUAGAACAGCUUCGGCAAGCAACACAAGUCCUACAAGAAAUUAAAGGGUUAGGAGAACUGAAUAAGGAACCGACAGAGAAACAGAAAGAAAAGCCGAAGGAUCUAGUAACUCUUUAUAGGAGAAGUGCUCCCUGAGAUGUACUUAAGACGACACUUUUCUUACAAUCGAGCUAAAAAUUUGCUAUUUACGACUUAUACCAUUGCUUGGCCAGUGUUAAAUAAGGUUAUGUUUUGCUAUGCACAAACCAAGCAUUCAGAGCAGGGCAUUUCAGUUAUAAUUUUCUUUUUGUUCUGCCUUUAUGCCAUAUUCCCAUCCCUGAUCACAAUAGGAAGUUAGAGGACAUUGAGUAUCAGUUGCAAAAAUGUGAAUAUUCUUUAAGGUCUUGAUCCAAAGCUCAUUGACGUCAGUGGAAAAACACCAAUGGGCUUUGGAUCUGGCCCUAAAAAAACAACAAACAAACAAACAAAACAAAAAAAACUCACCACCACAACACUUGUAAUCAGACUAAAGGUCAGUUUUUCAAAGGAGGGCAUGGAUACUCCAGCAAAAAAUUCAUGUGUGCAUGUAUAAAUUGGCGCGUAAGACAUGGAAUUACUCAGUUUGCACUGGCACCCAGAGAAUUUUGCCAAUGAAAUCAUUCCACUAGGAAUCUGGCUGCAAACGUCCCUAAAUUUUGCUCAGUUUGUUCACUUGCUGACAAGUUUUGACUACCUGGCCCAAUCAUAUUCUUGAACAAAUGGUUAACAGUUUCCAAAGAUACUCACUGAACAUAUCGGCAGUUCAAAAAUUGUCUUAGAAAUCCAUACAAAACUGGCAAACUGGUGAUAGUAAGCAAUUGUUUUCAACUCUAGACCAGAGCACUGUUCUAAGCAUGGUACAAGUAUUCAUUAAGCUUCAAACUACCAUUGCCAAGCAAGUAUUAAUUUUUCCUAUGAGGAAACAGGCAGGGAUGUGAAGUGAUUUGCCCACAGAAGGAGUUCAUUUCAGAGCCUGGGAUAGAAUUUAGCAAUCCUACCCCUAACUCUGUGCUCUUUCUCCUAGACAGUGCUGCUCCGUCUGAAAUACUGCUUCUUGUUGAAGCAGCCCGAAAUGUUCAUUUUUAAGCAAUACAUUGACCUGUUAACUGGAGUCUCCUGUAUUUGUAGACGUAAACAGUCAGUCAGCUGUUUGGAGGCUUAUGGGAGCGGUUGGCUGGUUGUUCGGAAAGUAGACUCUCCCCCUGCUGUGUGUCGAGCAGCAUUGUCCUGGGAGGUUAACUGAUGACACGUGCAUCAUGGCAACUGGUUUUGCUGGAAUGUCUAAUCAUAUCAUUUUAACAGGGAAAUGCAUUUUGCAGUUUAAUUCUUGGUGGGUAGGUGGCUGAACUCGGUACACUGAAAUGAAGAAGUCAUUACUAAAUAAGGACCCAGUCUGGUUCCCAUGGAAGGCAAUGGCAAAAUGCCCCAAUUUCUUGGUCCUCCUUGGUCCUUAGGGAAGUCGCAUCUCCCUAAGUAUCCAAUGAGAGAAACGUGAUGAAAUGAGAAUAGUCAUGGUGACAAAAUGAUUACAAAACUAUAUCUUGCAUGACAAAGAUUAAAAGUGUAAGCACCCUUUGCACCCUCAGACAACACGUGUGGAUGUGAACCAGUCCAAGUUCAGCAAUGCUCAUUUACCCAACCAAGCCAGGUCAUCACAGGGCACGGGUGCAUCCCUUGUAUCCUCCUUUCAGAGUUUUGCCCUAAAAUAUUCACUCUCAAUGGCACCACAUCAACCACCCAGGGAUUCUAAGGGCCACCACCUCCUCUUGGCUUUAUCCAGGUUUGUGCAGCAGAGGAAGGAUUGGAUCUUUCUAAGCUCAUCUUAUGGAGCUCCGGGGAAGGCAGGUGGAAGUUGACUAGCUAAGGCCCAGCAGAAUAGGAAGAAUUUCUGAGCCAAAAGAGAGUUCAGCUUGGCAGUUCUCACUGAAAAAGUAUCUACACUACCCAGUAGCUUGUGCCAUCUGCCCCUUCCAAGUACUAAGGCAGGAUCAUGCUAUACACCUUCUUUAUCUCAGGUUCCUUCUCCAGUAGCUCACUGAGGCUCCAUGGUACCCCAUGCUGCAAACAUCUACCAUAGCAGCAGCCAAAGUAAAACUCAAACUACAGUUUUUUUCCCCCCUCCUUCCUAAUUCAGCUGAUGAGUACUCCUUGCCAUGUCCGGCCCAGCCCUGACCCAAGGCAUUUCAGGGACUGAAAAAUGGGAACAUCCCAGAUAAGAGCUAGGUAGUCACUCAACCAGACACUUCCAAAUUGAGUGAUUAAAACAGCCUUGUUUUAAGCUGCCUCAUUCUCAAGCCAGUCAUAGGAAUUGUAUUGAAAGUCUCUCAUUCCGUCACCCAUAAAGGUUCUGCAUAGUAGAAUUUGCUUGAGUUUCAGGUGUCAAAACAGCCCUGCUUUUAGGCACCGGAUUUCCAAAUAUAUGCAGUCCAGAGCAUAGUACCCUCGAUUAGGCCAAGGAUGAACUCUGGUUCUGCAUAAUUUACUGCUGUAGAGUCAAUGUGAACUGAGGCAUCUUGUUUUCUUAUGAGAUGUACUUAUAAGACCAGGGCUAACAAUACAGACCUAGUCUAUUCAGUGCCUACCAGCUUCUAAUAUUCUUUUUCUGCAUGUGCACUUUUGUUUACCGAACACUGUGCGAUGUGAACAUGAGCUGUACAAAUCUGGUGUGUACAGAAUGUCUUGGGACGUCAGCCUUCAGGGAACAGGAGGCAUUUGUGAGAUAAAGUUGUAUAACAAAAGGAUAAAAUAGAUGGCUAACAGAGAUGUAUAUGUAAUAGGGAUGUGCCCAGACCAGAACCAUGAUCUGGCCAUGGUCAACAUUUGGAUGCAGAUUCAAAUCCCAGUGCUAAAGUUGUCCCUUAUCCCUAUUAGGACCAAACCAAACCCCUGGAUUUGAAUACCCUUGAACACUGGGGAAAGUCUGGAUCCAGCUCAGACUCAUCUCCGAUAUACAUGGAUGCUUUCGCUCUUACAAAUAUUUUGUCAUCACAAUGUGCCUAUUAAAUAUCUACCUACUGUAGUGCUGACGAAGAGUCCCAGAUCUCCUUAUCUAUUGCAUCAAGAAUCUACAGGAUGUGCUUAUAUUUACUGUAUUUUUAAAAUCAUACUGAAUAUUCUAAUGUCUGAUAUUUUACUGAAACCCCAAUAGGAUUCCUAACAGAAGACACCUGAAUCUGUUAGGAGAUGGGAUAGCUAAACCUUUUUACAAGCCAGAGCUAAAUACUGUACGUACUAACGUCACUUACCUUCAUGUACCAUGUCUUGUAAAUAACUAUAAAUUAAGUGAACUCUUUUUAACACUCAGUGUCUCCAUGGCUGAAAAUGUUGUGUUAAUUACGGAAAAAUAGCCUUUUGUAUAGGUUUAGCAGUUUCAUUUUAAAAUGAUUAACCCACCUAGAAUUUUGGGUCGACUGGGCUUUUAUAUAUAAACAAAGCUUCAUGGUUUGUUUAGACCAUUUAAGUUUUCGCACAUGUUAUUCUUGUUAGGGCAUAAGCCAAUCUCUGCCUAAUGGGGACGGCAGGUCAUCCCAGAGCUGUCUGCUGGGUUUCUUGCACCUUCCUCUUAAACAGCAAGUACUAGCCAUUGUCCCAGCCGGGUUCUGGAGUAGAAGACCCAUUAUGCUGAUCUCGUAGGACAGUUCCAGUCUUCAUUUUACCUACCACCAGUGAGCACCUAGCUUUUCUUCACUCAAGAUCCCCAGCUGCACUAAGCUUGUUUUCUCACAUCUGAAGACGCUGUGGGUGUGUCGAGAUGGAGCAUGACUCAAUUUCAGAUUUGUACAAGGAUUGCCAGAGCUGCAUGGUUCUGACAGGAAGGAAGUGAAUGCGCUAGUGAGUAGCAGUGAAUGAUUGCAUCUGAAAAUCAGCUGGUCAUGAAAGUCAUGGCUGGUGGAAAGGCAACACUGCCUUCUGCGUGUAAAGAACUUUGAGAUUUGGCAAUAAAACUCCUUUUUAAGCA